AUGGCGCGUGUCGGUCGUUUGGGGUUUUUGGCCCUAGCUCUCGCCUUUCAUCUGAUGUACCUCUACUCAAUCUUCGAUAUCUACUUCGUCAGUCCAAUUGUGAGUGGCAUGCGACCCUUCAGCGUCGAGCGUGAAAUCGGAGCAGAAGCACCCGCAAAACGCCUGGUCCUGUUCGUCGGAGAUGGCCUUCGUGCCGAUAAGGCCUUUCAAGCUUUUCCAGAUCCCUCACCACCCGCCGGACUCGAAUCAGAAGACCUCGAUACGCCCAUUCGUCUAGCUCCAUUUGUGCGUUCUCGAGUGCUAGAUCACGGCACCUUUGGUGUUUCGCAUACCCGUGUCCCUACGGAAUCUCGUCCGGGCCAUGUGGCUCUAAUCGCCGGUUUAUACGAGGAUGUCUCAGCUGUGAUGACAGGAUGGAAACUAAACCCAGUCAAUUUUGACAGUGUCUUCAAUAGAAGUCGGCAUACAUGGAGUUGGGGUAGCCCGGAUAUUCUUCCCAUGUUCAAGGAAGGUGCGGUCCCUGGGCGCGUUUCUGCUGAUACAUACCACGAGGAAGCCGAAGAUUUCACUUCGGAUGCAACCCAAUUAGAUAUUUGGGUGUUUGACAAGGUCAAGGAGCUGUUCGCCGAGGCCAAAACGAACCCGGAGCUAAAUGCGCAACUGAGGGAAGACAAGGUUGUCUUUUUCCUUCAUCUACUUGGCUUGGAUACAACAGGUCAUGGUUUCCGGCCGUAUUCCAAGGAGUACCUGAAUAAUAUCAAAAUUGUCGACAAGGGUGUGCAGGAAAUCACCGAGUUGGUUGACGAAUUCUACAACGAUGGAAAGACCGCCUACGUCUUUACGGCAGACCAUGGUAUGAGCGACUGGGGUAGCCACGGAGACGGUCAUCCUGAUAACACGCGCACUCCGCUUGUGGUAUGGGGCUCUGGUGUUGCUACCCCAAAAUACGUGGAAGACGGACAGCCAAACGGACAUGAGGAUGGCUUCUCGUCUGACUGGGGGUUUGACCAGAUCAAGAGACACGACGUGGCGCAAGCCGAUGUUGCCGCUCUUAUGGCCUACCUUGUUGGACUUGAUUUUCCAGUAAACUCGGUCGGUCGACUUCCCCUUGAGUAUCUCGACGCAUCGCCACGAGAGAAGGCACUGGCCUUCUGGGCCAAUACACAAGAAGUCCUGGAAAUGUAUCAUGUCAAGGAAAAACAAAAGAGCCAAAAUCAGCUCAACUUUAAACCAUAUGCACCGAUGGAAGAGGAAGAACUAGGUGCACGCACUUCAGAAAUAGAAACAUUGAUUUUCGAAGGCAAAUAUGCCGAGUCUAUCGAGGUCUCUUCUCAGGUCUUCACUUCCGCUCUUGAGGGUCUUAGAUAUCUCCAAACAUACGAUUGGCUUUUCUUGCGAACGAUUGUUACAGCGGGAUAUCUAGGUUGGAUUGCAUAUGCAAUUACAACCGUCAUCGAUCUUCACGUCCUGCAUGGAUCAUCUGAAGCGCACCGUACUUUCUUCGGCACUUCAGUCUUUGUAUCAAUUCUCGUCGGGUUGUACUCUGUUUUCAUAUAUCAACGUUCCUCUUGGAGGUAUUAUGCGUACGGGGCAUUCCCUGUAUUCUUCUGGGAGGAGGUAUUUGCUCGAAGAAAGGCGUUAACUGCCGGCCGACAAAUCUUACUAAAACAUGUGCACUCUUUUGGUGGUCAUGUUGGAUUUUUCCUCCAGAGUGUAUUGUUCCUGGGGGUGCUAGAAGCAUUGGUUCAAUCAUAUUUCCAUCGAGAAAUAUUCACUGUAUUGUUUGUCCUCGCGGCCUUUUGGCCCUUGCUCUAUGGCACUGGCUUUAUAUCACGCCACCUUGCUCUUACAGGGGCAUGGGCUGUUGGUUGUGUUCUCAUGAGUCUUUUUACUCUAUUGCCCGUGAUCAAAGUCGAAGACACCACAACAAUUACCGUCGGAGGAAUGCUCAUGUUUUUGGCUGGUUUGUUCUACCUAGCCUUUGAAGAAACCAUCACCAAGGGGUCAGGACAUCCAAUCAGCGUCUCCGGAUCUCGCAUAAUCAUGGGAAUACAGUUGGGCAUGAUACUUCUCGCUGUGAUCGUUACACGUUCCAGCGCGUUAUCCCUACAAGCCAAAGCAGGUCUUCCACUGGGCAAUCAGAUCGUGGGAUGGAUUGUCUUGGUAUCGUCGUUACUUCUCCCAUUCGCCCACCGAAUGUAUCCAAAUAGUUACUAUCUGCACCGACUGGUGAUGAUUUUUCUGACCUUUGCUCCGACAUUCGUGAUCCUCACGAUCUCAUACGAGGGGCUUUUCUACUUUGUUUUCUGCAUGACUCUGGCCACUUGGGUCCGGCUAGAGCAUGCUCUAUACAUCCAUCAGAAGCAAUCCACAUCAACAACACCGGCUGUUGACAAAGCUACCACAGCUUCCAAAACAACAACAGUCGACGGCGAAACAUUCUCAUAUCGCGCCCUCACCCUUUCCGACACGCGGGUAGCCCUCUUCUUUUUCUACCUCGUCUUAUCCGCGUUCUUCAGCACAGGCAACAUUGCCUCUGUCUCCUCCUUCUCCCUCGACAGCGUCAACCGCCUCAUCCCCGUUUUUAAUCCUUUCAGUCAAGGCGCCCUCCUCAUUUUGAAACUGAUGAUCCCUUUUGCCGUCAUCAGUGCCAAUCUAGGCAUCCUCAACAAACGCCUUGAGGUCGCUCCGAGCGCAUUGUUCAUGACCGUCAUGACGAUAUCGGAUAUCUCGACGUUGAACUUCUUCUACAUGGUUCGCGACGAUGGCUCGUGGCUCGAAAUCGGCACUACGAUCAGUCAUUUCGUGAUUGCGAACAUGCUUUGUUUUUUUGUUGCCGGAUUGGAGUUUGUGAGCGAGAUGUUUGUCACUGGUGUUGACUUGGGCGAUUCUUCUUCUCCUCCCUCGAAGCUUGCGGCUGUUGUGGAGAAGAUUGCUGAAAGUGAGGAUGCUGAUGUGUCUGGAACUAAUGGCGCUAUUGAGAAGAGUAAUUGA